AUGCUGUCUAGUGCAUCUGCAGCUUUCUCGGUUAGAUCUGGUGUUGCAGUGAAGCCUACAUUGAAUAGUGGCUUCAGAAAUGAAACAUAUCGUUCUGAUGUUAGACCUGAAGUUGUUAAACCUAUGAUGAAUUAUGGACCUAGAAGUGAUGGAUCCAGAUUUGGAAAUGCAUCUAGUUUCAGGAGAAAGGAUAAACCAUACUGUACUCACUCCAUGGGACUCUUCAGGGAUGUCCCUAAUACUUUCCCACUUUUGGGAAACACAUUUCCCAGCACUCUGAAGCUUCUGAACCUCAGCUCUCACCUUCUCCUCCUCUUCACAAGCAAGCACACAUGUCAAAACACUUUGCUGCCCUCAACGCGUAGUCAAGGGCCUUGUUCGGACCCUCACCCGACGCAAUCGUAUCUCGAGCUAACUUGGGUAAAAAGGGGGCCGAGAUCCAAGUUUUCGAGGGAGGAUUCGUCAAAAAGGCUCUUUUCCGCAGGUGAUUUCUUCUUGUCGAAACUCCGAUCAGGAGAAGACUUAGUGCGUGAAGUGGGUGGGGAAGGGGAAGGGGAAGGGUAG